CAACAAGCCAGCAUUCGCAGAGCAGCUUCCGCACGACAUGAGCACGCCCGACUCCUCCAAUGUCGCUCGGAAUUGAGGGCCUCAAACGACCUGAAACCCAGUAGCCGGCUCCAUGACGCGGAACAAUCUCUCAGAGCACAUCACCUGGCUGCUGCAGAACGUCGCGUUAACUAAGCCGCCCGCGCCUUCAUUCCCCGGCAUCACCGAUCCCAGCUCGCUCGAGGCGUCACAGUCGCAGGGAAGGGGAUCGCAAUCUCUCCCCGCGCGCGCCGCUGCACUCGAUAGAUCAGCCCCCAAUCGCCCGCCGCCGCCGGGGCCAGCGCGUGACUCGGCCUGGCCCGCUGUGAAUGCGUUGCCCGUUACUUACGAGGUGACAGUGGAGGAUCACAGCAUGGGGCGAAUGACCUCGACCACAAAAUCAAAGAAGCCGCUACUGGUAUCUCAGCGAGGACAACAACCCCUUACGCCGUCUGCCACCAAUGACGGACAAGAAAGGCCCUACCGGGAUGGAGGCGGCUCACGGGUAUCUCGAGUCAAGUUGGGCUCUUCUCCGUCCAAAGUUGCCCCCCGGCGAUACGCUUCCCCCGACUUCAAAGUAGAUCUGUCCGACUUCGACGCCGACGGCCUCGAGUGCAUGGACCUGACAAAUACUACAACUGGUUCCGCCGAGUCGCUCGAAUUUGGCGAAGACGUCCGCCUCUGGGACGAUGAGACUGCCACAUGGUCUCCCUUACCGUCUUCAAGAGGUUCAAAGAAACGGAAGAGCGAUGGUAUCACUAGGGACGAGCCUGGCCCUGACGACAGCUUCCCAGAUAUAUAUCACGUUCUCGGAACCGAUCCGCCCGCAUCAACACCAGGGAACAGAUCCACGGUGCGUCGAGAUGGACUCACAGGGAGCGUCAAACAGCGCCCUGCGAGACAUACGCCCGGUCAACUUCAGGGGUCCCACUCCGCUACAAGCAAAGCCACCAACUCCAUCCCAAGCCUUGGCCAAGUCAUGUCAUCGCCUUCUAAGCGGGCGGCAAGUAGACGUGAUGCGGCUGAGAUGAAUCAAACACCGACAAAAAGCACUCCACGGCCAUCAGGAAGCAGCAAGAAGCAGCGCGUCCUGCCUGAGCCAGGCUUUUCCUCCGAGGAUGAAGGACGCCUCGAAAUGGCGAGACCUCGAUCGGUCGAAAGAAAUGACUAUAUACCGGACUCCGAAGAUGAGUUCGUGACGCCGCCCUCUCACAAUAUAACGGCACGCUCAUCCAGAGAGCCUCCCCCUAAAUCCAGUCGGGAAGAGGUGCCUUCAGUGCCAGGGGCAUCUUCAAGACCGCCCGAUACAUCAACAACGAGGGUCGUCUCUCCGCCUCGGGUCCCUCUGCUCGAUUCCUCACUCAUUUCUAUUGGAAGCGACUCCAGAGAGAUCGGGGUAGGGCUAGGGAGCGAUUCGCGGCCCGACCUGCUGGUCCCUUCCGAGCUCGGCCCGUCGUCUGCGAGUCAGUCUCCCAAGCUGCUUUCUCACUUGUCUGAAAACCCUCAGGCGCUCGCAACGGGACAUGCAUUGCUCGAGUCUCGGAUACGACAAAAUGGACAGGAUUUCAUGCGCGCGAUUAAUGAGCGGUGGCCUAAAGAAAGGCGCAACGAGGUCAAGGCUGAAAAGGAACGACUGAUCAAGCAACAAAAGGCAGUCAAGAAUCUCACCGAUGCUAUGAAGUCCUACACAGACCUAUGUGUGCAACGAGAAUCACUGGCGAAAAGAAUUGCACAGUCCUACGCGGAUGGGAUCGACACAGAGGAUGACGAGGUUCAGCUCGACGACCUCACAGAAGUGGUCGAACUGAAGGAGGAUGAAUUGAAUCGCAUAAUCACUGACGCUGGCUUGGAUGAAUCCUCCUUCAUCCAGCCUGCUCACGGGUCGAGUUCUGGCAGCACUGGGAGUCGAGGACCAGUCGUCUUUGGCACACAAUCACCAUCUGUCGACCCUCAUGAGACAUCACGACCGUCCAGAGUAUCGCCAAACAGUAAUCCUGUGGGGACGCAGGUCAUCCACCAGACGCAAAUGUCUGGGGCUUCGCAGUCGCGUGUGUGGAACCAGCCUAUCCAAGCAGCCCCGAGCAUGCCGAGAAGCAGCCUGAUAUCCCAAGAAGGCGAGGAUGCGACAAUGCGGCCAUUUCCGCGGGAACUCCCCACGACUUCACGGGCCGCGAGGAGGCCUCAGCCGGCGCCCCCUAUGUUUGAAGAAUCCGCCGCGGAUAUAGCUGCGGCAGAGGAUUUCUAUUCUGAAGUCGACGAGCCGGACGUGCAACAUCUGCCUACACUACAGCACCGAAAAACGCACUUGGAGGCUCGCCAUCAUACGCCAAAGAAGCAUGGACACCUGACCAGCGACAAUUUCAGCGAUUUCGGCGACGACGCCGAGAUGCUUGAGCUUGUACGGGAUUGCGAGACGCGUGAGUCUGUGGUACCACGACAUGUCUUCUCCGAAACAUCUGGAAACGCCGGGCCCGUUUCCAGACGAACACCAUCUAAGAGACAGGCCGCGCCUAUUAUCCCCGAUCUGAGCAUCCCUCCCGAGCUCAUGAGGCACUCGUGGUCUCCAGAGGUUCAGAAGAUGCUCAAGGACCGGUUUAGAAUGAAGGGGUUUCGACAAAACCAGCUGCAAGCCAUCAACGCAACCUUGUCUGGUGAGGAUGCAUUCGUUCUGAUGCCAACCGGCGGAGGCAAGUCGUUAUGCUACCAGUUGCCUGCAGUAGUGAGAAGCGGCAAGACGAGAGGCGUUACCAUUGUCGUCUCCCCGCUGCUGAGUUUGAUGCAGGAUCAGGUCGACCACAUGAAGGCACUCGGAAUCCAAGCCGUGGCAUUCAAUGGCGAAUGUUCUGCGGAGUACAAGAGGCAGGUGAUGAGCGCCUUCAGCGAGCGGAGCCCAGAGCACUUCAUCGAGCUGCUCUACGUCACGCCAGAGAUGGUCAGCAAGAACGCGGCGUUCAACAACGCGAUGCAGAACUUGUAUCGCCGGGGCAAGUUUGCGCGGCUCGUCAUUGACGAAGCUCAUUGCGUGAGCCAGUGGGGGCACGACUUUCGACCCGACUACAAGACUCUCGGACAGGUCCGACUGAAGUUCCCCGAGGUCCCUGUCAUGGCCCUGACGGCCACGGCGACGCAGAACGUCAUUGUCGAUAUCAAACACAACCUCGGCAUGGUUAACUGCCAGAUCUUCUCUCAAAGCUUCAACCGACCGAACCUCUACUACGAGGUCAGGCCAAAGGGCACCAAUGCCAGCGCAACCGAAAAGAUUGCCACCCUGAUCAACAGCAAAUACCCUGGCGUCACCGGUAUCGUCUACACCAUCUCACGAAAGCAGGCCGAAAAUGUCGCGUCGGCGCUCUGUGACCAUGGCAUUGCAGCACGUCACUACCAUGCGGCAAUUGAGCCGAGCGAGAAAGUCGCAGUGCAGACGGCUUGGCAGAAAGGAUCCGUCAAGGUAGUUGUGGCAACGAUAGCGUUUGGCAUGGGCAUCGACAAGCCCGACGUCCGAUUUGUCGUGCACCACGGGCUUCCCAAGAGCUUGGAGGGCUACUACCAAGAGACGGGUCGGGCUGGCAGAGACGGCAAGCCCUCCGACUGCAUUCUUUUCUACGGAAAGGGGGAUAUAAGAGUCCUCAAGAAAUUGAUUGCCGACGGAGAUGGCAACGCGGAGCAGAUUGAGCGGCAAAUGGCGAUGCUGAACCGCGUCACGGCCUUUUGUGAUAACAAGUCGGAUUGCCGCCGCACAGAGAUCCUUCGCUACUUCGGAGAGGACUUCACUCCUUCCCAAUGCCACCAGUCAUGCGACAACUGCCAAGCCGGGCUUGUUUUUGAGCAAAAAGAUGUUUCGGACUAUGCCAUCGCCGCCAUUCGUGUUGUCCAGAACCAGAGACGCCUGACGACGAACCAAUGUGCCGAUAUCUUGACGGGUAAAAAGUAUCCAGCCAAUGAACAGAAGAACUCGACUGAGCAAUAUGGCAUGGCACGGGAUAUCAAGAGGCACGAGGUCAUUCGCAUCAUCGACCGCUUGUCCGCGGAGAAGGCCUUUCGCGAAGAAAACGUGGUCGGCAACUACGGCAUGGCCAUUCAAUAUCUUCAGAUGGGGCCGACUGCGCGGCUCUUCCUCACUGGCCAGCGGAAGCUCAUGCUUACCGUCGAGGUGACGGACGACAAGAGCUCCAAAUCGACCAAGUCGAAGGCCAAGAAGACGACAAAGAAGAAGGCAACCGACCAGGAGAACGCGACAAUCCAGUCGACGUAUGUUUCGUCCCCGGCGGAAAGGCGCAAGCGGCGAUCAAGGGCAGUAGAGAGCGAGGAUGAGGACGAGUUCCCCGUCACCGCCCACGGAUAUAGGAAUGACGGAUUUGUCAUAUCGGACGACGACAUGCAUGAUGAUGACAAUGAUGACAACGAUGAGGAGGCGUUUGCCCCAUUGCCCCAGCAUCGACCCGCGAAGCCCCCAGCAAGAAAGGCCAUGACCCCUGCCCCAGGCAAGCAGCUCGAGGACCUUUCGGAACUCCACCAAGACUUGGUCAAUGGGUUCGUGCUCGAGGCCCAAAAGGUGGAGGAGCAGAUUCGCAAUAAGAAGGAACUCCGCCGCCCGCUCUUUACGGAACGAGACUUUCGACAAAUGGCCAUCAAGUGGACGACUACGCUGGACCAGAUGGCCCGUAUCCCCGGCAUCGAUCCGGACAAGGUCCGCGAGCACGGGCCUAGGCUCUUGCCGCUGCUGCGGAAGCACUACGACUUCUACCAGCAGACGGUCGGGGUCGAUGGAGAGUCCGACCAGGACCAGGGCCAGGAGAUUGUCGACUUGAUCAGCUCCGACAUUGAGAUGGACGAGGACAUGGCUGAAGCCGAGGACUCGCACUACUUUACUGAGAGGCCGCGGCCCGAGGUCCAGGCGUUUCACGAAAGGCUGCAGGGGCUCAACAGCCAGCAACAGCAGCAGCAGCAGCAGCAGGCGAGCCACUCCCGGCCAAAGUCGUCUUACAAGAGUGGAGGGAACAGGAGGUUCUCGGGCAAGAAGUGGCAGAAGAAAGGCGGUGGCGUGCCGUCCAAGCGAAAGGCGAGCGGCGGCUUCGGAAGGAAGUCUGGCGGGUCGUCGUCGGCGGCGGCAGGGUCAUCGUCGUGGGCGACGGCCGGCGGCAGCGGGGCCGGGAGCAAGCGGGACGGCAAAAUCGUCAAGAAGUCGGGCGGCGGCAUUGGGCUCAUGCCAAUGUGAGAAGGAGCAAGAUCGAUCCACUUGCUCUGGUGGUCACACGUGUGUUUUUCCAUGUGCGUGGUCGAAACGAUUCAUGCUAGAAACGGGGUUCUUUUGGCAUAGUACAUCUUCUCAUUGCGGAGUUCGCGCCGUCCCUGCAAUGAGGUCGGUCGGCAUGAUCCUCUUGCGGCACUUUGCGGAGACUUGUAGCAUGAUGCGGGGCGUAUGGACGCAGCGUGACUUGUUUUCGAGAAUAUUUUGGGCGGGUGCCAACCCCUCAGGCAGCGUCACGCAUAGCAUACUUUGUUGCCCAUGACAUGAAUACUCAACACAAU